AUGCCGAAUCGUGACGACCUUUUAUGUGACUCUUCGUGUGACCAACAACUUGGCCUAUCAUCUGAGUAUUUCAGCGAUGAACACAAUAAAUGUUGUGUUUGCCUCUCCUGUACCUUGUUGGACGGCCAUGAAAUCAGCCUAGCGUUAGAGUAUACAAGCGUUUUGGGAAGAAAUGUUGUAAUAGUCGAGUCUUUAUUUAACGAGUCUGCUUUAUAUAUGAUAGAAUCUACCAACGGCGAUAUGACUGACUUUCCAAGCAAUGUCUGUGGAUGGGAUACGGAUAAGGAAUACUUGGAACAGUUUGCAGAACACAGAAUGGUUGCCGAUUUUGAAAAGUUUAAUAACAACAUCUACAGGAUCAAUUUCGGAAGCAACAAAAUAAAAAUUGUUCCCGACAUUAGCUGUUUAGCAAACCUGGACACUCUAAAUCUACGCGACAAUCGGAUAUCUCAUCUUGGCAAUAUGUCAUUUAGUAACCUCAGUCGCUUAAGAAAUCUUGAUAUAUCUUUGAAUAAUAUUCAAACCAUUGACCCGAAAACGUUAUUCACUGAAAAUGUAUUCCUACUACGUGUUAAUCUGUCAGACAACAAACUAACAGUCGCAGAUGUGAGCAAUUUGGUUUCCUUGCAUCCACUCUGCGAGGUAGAUUUAAAAAGUAAUGAAAUAGAAAGUCUGACAAACAACCUCGGUAUCACACUCGACACAGGUCUCAACUAUGGUCCAGGAUUUAUCAAUCUUCAAGAAAACCACAUAUUCACAUUUCCAGAUCUGCAGUCUCUUCUGAAACUCAAAGACCUAAACUUAUUUGGAAAACUUCUGCAUUUUGGAUUUGAUCUACGUGGAGCACCUCUACACUGUGACUGUCACAUGCAACCAUAUCACAGCCUGGCAAUAAACAGUCUAAAGGCCCUCUGGAGAGAUUAUUUUGCUAUCAAAUGCACUUCACCGCCCGAGCUUAAAGACGUUCUGGUUUUUGAGCUUGAUCCGUUUGACCUCGUGUGUGAACUUAGGAUAGAAGAUGGGUGUCCUAAGGGGUGUACCUGUCUUGAUGUACCAGAAAACGACACAGUCUAUGUUGAUUGCUCAAAUUCGCGCUUGAAUCAGAUGCCCAUAGGUAUGCCAGAAUCGACAUUUUCCAAAUACAUUCAUCUCAAUCUAUCAAACAACCACAUUAAAGACAUCAGAGCAUCAUAUCUUACCGAACUGUCAUAUUUAGAUGUUUCCGGAAACACUCUUUCUGAAAUCGAUGAAGAAACAACAAAGCGACUCCAGAACACUUCUUUAGAUAUAUCUAGCAAUAGGUACUUACGUGUUCUGCCUAGAAAUCUCCAGUACAGGAAUUUAUGCGAGACCAAGCUUUCGCAUCUGGCGAUCGACUGUACUUGUGACAACAUCUGGAUACAGAAUUGGAUUAAAACUAAGGACUGUCCCAGUAAAACAGACCUUGCGACAUUCAUGUGUUAUAUGCCUAAUUUGAAGCAAUCAAUUCCGGCAACUGCCUUUACUCCUGACGUUGCUGAAUGCGAAUUAGACAAAAGUAUGUUUAAACUUGUAUUGAUUGUAGUAGCCUGUCUUACUCCUGCACUGUUGGUGAUUGGUGUUUUCGUUUACAUUUUUCGGUACGAACUUCUCGUCGCUUGGCUACGGAUGAACCGUAAAUACCCGGGCAAAGAAAAGUGUUUUGAAUAUGACGUAGGAAUAACAUUUAACGUAGACGAUGAAAAACUACGGAAAUGGGUUGGUAAAGAACUCGUCCCAAGACUUAAACAAGAGGGGUUCAGAGUUUAUAGAGCUUACGUUGAUGCGAACUAUGGAGCGCCGAGGGAUAAUGAUGUAGCUGAAGUGUUUGCAAAAUGCAGGAAUUUCUUGCUUAUUCUUUCUGAUAGUUACAUAAAUGAAAAUGCUGUGGAAGAUGACUUUGAAGACUUAGACGAGCCAAAAGAAAGACGAUGGACUGAAAAUGAAUGGAAGUUUGCUUGGAACCAGUAUAAAUCAGAUAACAUGAAAAACCUUAUAAUCGUUAACUAUGACCACGUAUCCGCAUCCGAUGUAAAACAUAGGCAAAUUAAGGCUGUGAUGCGAGUAGGACAUGUUGUGAGCUUCUGUAAUAACAAUGCAAAUGAAGUUCUUGAUAAUAUAGUUAAAAAGAUCGGGUCGGUAAAGAAAAUACAACAAGCAAGGAGAAAAUCCAGGAAAGGCGUUAUCUACACAGUUGUGAAAGAGAUGAAGACCAACAAUCUUGCUAUGUUAAACAAAGAAACACGCACUGUCCAAUGUUUGCAGCAAGGAAUCACCUAUUGGAAUCAAUCGAACGUUACGCCAAUGCCAACGAAGAACACGCGAUGGAAAGUAUCAUUUAGUCAAGAAAGCAUGCUUGAUCAUUCCACAAUAAUGCCGGAGUGUAGCGAGUAA